GUCUUUCGACGCUGUCGAUGCAGAUAACGUUACAGGUAUUCCAUCAACAUCCGCGCGCGAUCCUCAGCCGCGUCGUGAGGAGGCUGUUUGACAUUGAGCCUCGCGCAACCGCGGGCCUCUGAAAAUUUAUUGUUUCUUCUUCCUCGCCGCUGGAGUCUGUGGGGGUCCCGCGAUGGCGAGACGCUGAAGCGACUGAAGCCCCGAAGCCGCUGAAGUGCAGUCGCGGGAGCGAGCGCCGUUCAUCCCGCGGCGGCUGCAAUGCCAAGCUCGGAGCGAGAAGGAAAGCGGCACUCUCGAACCGCAGCGCCGACUGCUCCUGACGCCGGGGACGAGGCUAAGCGCGCCUGCGAGAGUGAGCGUCUGCUCGCAAAUGGCAAGAUCGGCCGCGACGCUCGACCCCGUCGGAUCCCGCACGCGGUGCGCAUGGUUUGGCUAACCGGUGUCGCUCGCUCUGGGACGUCUGAACUCCCCCCUCGCAUGUGUUCCGCGUGAAACAUUGUGGACCAGCGCCAGUGCACACGACCAGCCAGUGAACAUGGCGUUAUAGCGCCGGCUUCGACUUGGCCACUGGCAAACAUGCCCGGGUUUGCGCUCAUGCUAGCGCCGCAGCCGCCGAAAGUUAUGCCAUCCCAAAGUGUGCUCCGCCGCUGCUCGUGUUAACUGACGGUCUCUCCGCCGUUUCUGUGCGUGUCCAAGUUCGGCUUUGGACGUCGCCGACACCUGCAUCCACCAUGGACAUCUUGCCGAGUGGAAAUAUUUUUCACGAGCUGCAAGCAAUCCACGACACUGGUUUUUUCCCGGCUCAGCCGUCGUUGGAGGACUUCUGGCAACAGACCAUCUGGGAGAUGGACCGGUACCUGAAGGACGAGCCCAGGGGCGCCUCGAAGCGGUGUGCCUCCCGAGAGCUGUCGUCGGCCGAAGAGGUACGCCUCUGGGACGAGUGCAGCAGCCCCGCAGACCCCAAGCUGCUGCUGGCGGACUCCGGCAUCGGCAGCAGCGACGUAGGCGACUCGAGUGAGGCCGAGGUCGAUCGGCUCUCGGACGACCUCGACUUCGGCGCGGGUGCCAUGGACAACGCCAGUGAGAGCUCAGCCUCGAGUGCGCUGUCUUGGGAAAGUGACGGCUCUCCGCGGGCCAGCAAGUCCGCGCGCAGUCGCAAGGCGCUGCUGCCCACCGACCCGUUCACCAUGAAGCUGGUGCAGCGGGCCACGGCGUCAGCGGGCGCCCUGACGCCGCCCUCGUCACCCGAGGCCUCGUUGAUGCGGCCCAAGGCCCGGCCGUCGGCCAGGGCCGAGGCCGUGGCCGGCCCGACCUCCCUGCUGCUCGCCGCCGGUGCCUCGGUCAAACAGAGCCACUACCACGUGGCCCGGGGCAGGAGGUUCGACGUGGACUCGAGCAAGCGACGCAUUCACCGCUGCCAGUUCAACGGCUGCAAGAAGGUCUACACCAAGUCUUCGCACCUCAAAGCGCACCAGCGGACGCACACAGGCGAGAAACCGUACAAGUGCUCCUGGGAGGGCUGCGAGUGGCGCUUCGCCCGCUCGGACGAGCUGACGCGACACUACCGGAAGCACACGGGCUCCAAGCCCUUCAAGUGCAACCAUUGCGACCGCUGCUUCUCGCGCUCCGAUCAUCUGGCCCUGCACAUGAAGCGUCACCAGUGAGGCCCCGAUUCCUCUCCUCCACUCGCAUCAGCAGCAGCAAUGACGGCGGCAGCAGGAGGAGCAAGCGCGGCUCUCCGCUCCAGAUUUCGGGAUGUGUGAGGAGCUUUUGUGUGCUGCCGGGCCCCGAUGCGUUCCGAGCUUUGGGGUACGUCGGAGUACUCGCCUGGGCCCUUCCAUCCACCUCGAUUUCGGCGCUACACGACUCAUCCACCCUCUUCCGAGCCCUGUUCAUCGUUCCCUCCCAUCCUUCUCUUUCCUAUUCCGGGAGUCUAAAGCCCUUCUACCGUUCACUCGUGUCCACGCCGAGUACACUUCACGGUUUUUCUUCUCGCAUCUCUUUUUUUUUUUUUUCACUUCAGCGCUUUGAUUGAUAUAUGAAGCUACCAGAAAUCGGUCUCGAAUGCGUGUUAUUCUAAGAAAAAUAUUUUUAUUUUUUUAACUUUUAGAUGUUUUUAAAAACACUUUACCUUUUUUUUUGCUGUCAAGCGUGGGAGUUGUUUACUUCAGUUUGGUGGAGUGGCGUCUUAUGUAUCGGUGAGGACAUCGGCUCGACAUCGAGCCUAACUGUCCCUAAACUCGUUUUGAACACGCUUCUAGGAAGUGGAAUGCUCCGUGUCCUAGCGUACGGUCUGAUAAAAACAAAAACAAAACAAAAAAUAAUACGCAGCUUCGCUCUUUAAGUAAUUUGGUUUCAGUUCUCCACCGCGCUCGGCCCGAAGCUACCUAAUCACAAAUACUUCAGCUUCGGUUUUUUUUUUUUUUUUAAUUUGUCUCAAAAUCCUGGUAGUUUAUUACGUCGCCAUAAAAAACAACAAGAAAAAUAAUUAAACCAAAUACUGGAUUUAUCUUCUGUUGCCUUCUUCGCCAGGCUCUAAAUAUAAAAACGAAAACAAAAACAAAAAAAUCUAAUAUAAAUUUUCUAUUCAAACCCCCACGCAAAUUUUCCUUUUCCAUGAACCUACGGACAUAAAAGGACACGACUAUUUGGACACGGCCAUUGUAGUGAUUCCCAUUAACAUCGUGCACUGGUGCACCCCCCCAUACCCUCUUCCCACCUCGCCUUCCUCUGGCCCACGACAAGAGAGCGGAACGCACAAGAGCUGUAGUCCGCGUCGACGUGUGAGUGCCGCUGUGGCAUCAUUGCACGAACCAGGACCGCACCAGCGAAUGUUGGCAAGAAGAAAAAAAAAAAAAAAUAGAAAGUGUGUUGAGGAGGGUUGUUUUUGUGUGUGUUUUUUUUUCUUCGCCGAAACAAAGGAAGAUGUGUGGACAAGUGCAGCUUCGCGAUUCUUCAUGGACAGACUGCCUCAACCCGUCUUCUCGCCUGUGAAUGUGCGCGCGUGCGUGCCUCUUCGCAACGUACGGUUAUCAGCUUUUUCUAUGUCUUUUUUUUUUUUCCUCUGUCGCUUCGGAGGACAUUAUAAAAUUAAGAAAGAAACGUGACUAACGUGUAACAGACAAGAAAACAACCAAACACCAAAAGCCACCGAUGAACGAAAUGACGAGGAGAUGGGUGAGACAGGGGAAACUGCUUCCACGAGAAACAAGCGAAGACAGCGGGGUGACGCGUUGAACUUUUCCGAGUUUUUUUAAAAGGACGCCAACACUGCCUGCCUUGAUGUGAUCGUUUUUCUUUUUCACCGUUCACGCCAGGCGAGCUGCCGUAUAUGCGGUGUACAGUGGCAGCGAGCGCUGCAGAACGGUCGUGAGAGUGGAUCAUAUGAAGCUGUACAUAUUCGCACCUUUUUUUUUUUUUUUCCCCUUUUGUGUCUCGUUUUGUUCUUACAAAUUGACAGUGCGUUUUCCUGCGGUCUUUUCCGAAAGCCCUGACUGAGAAAAAGUGUCGCGUCGUUUGUGGCAUCGGAAUGUCGUGUGUUAAAAACAAAAACAAACAAAAAAAAAAAAACGGAACUGGUGUUCCGAUGCCGAGUAUAUUUUGAUAUGUGUGUGUGCGUGUGUAUGGUGUGCGCAUUUCUCGCCUCCUUCCCACGUUGUUUUUUCUUUUUUUUUCGUACGAGUAAUGUGUUUUUUGUGUUUUUUUUUUUAAAUGCAUUCGUUUUUGUUUUGUGUUUAUGCAUACGUGCGUGCAAGACAGAGCUGGCAUUCUGUAGAUAUCCUUUGUUGUGCCUUUGUUUCUUACGCUGAGGAGUCGGCACUGGGCCACUAUUAGAAAAUGCAACAAAAAUCAGCAAAAUAAAGGGGGCGGUGGGGGAUGUCCCAGCUUUGAAGAAGCUGCCCCAAAUUUACACGGUGGAAACUAAGAACACGUUUAAAUCGAUCCUAAGUGAAACCGCGGAAGAUUUUCCCCUCGUGCGAUUUGGAAAGGAGAAUACACUUCGCAUAAUAACAUUAAAUAUCAGAAUUAAAAACGAAAAUCUAGAAAAAGGAGGCAUUUCACGAGAUUGCACUUACGCGCGAUUAACGGAUCGAUUUGUAACACUAAGGGGACGUUGCUUCUUCGAUAUGAUUGGAUGAGCGCGUAGUUCCUUGCCAUAGACUCCGAAAGCAGUGCGAAGAUGAGACAAAAAAAAAAAAAAGAUGAAACGACGGAAUGGCCUCACCGAGAAAAAAACCAAAUGGCAUUAAUGGAGACAUUUUUUCGUGCUAGUCUUUCGAAUCAUUGAAAGAGAGGAAGAGAGAGAGAGAGGAAAAAAGAUGGAAGAAAAACGCAUCAUUCAUUGUGAGAAAUCGAUACGACAGAUUAUUAAUCGCAGUGCACCGCGCAUAAUCAUUUUGCUCUAGUCCUGCCACGAAAUAAGCUUCUGUUUUAUGUAUAGAGAUAUAGAAGAAUAUAUAUAGAUAUAUAUAUGUGUAAAUUCGCUUUUUUUUUCAGCAUUGGAAAGGAACGGUAAAAAAUGAUAUGAACACGAUGCUUUCAUCUAAAUCCUACUUAAUUAAACCGACUCCCCGCCGUUUUUUCAGAACAGGUCGCCUCAACCGGCAUCAGUCGUAACCACUAAUGAAAGAAUAAAAAUAAAAACGUAAAACAAAACAAAAAUACCGCGAGUAAGGACUAAAGAUUGAGGCUGAAACCUCGGCAGAUAUCCACCCUGUCGAGAAAAAAAACAAACAAACAAAACAAACAAAAAAAAAACUUCAGAAGUGCCAUGUUUUGAGAGUCGUCUGUUGAACACAAAGAGCGCGGAGUAUUGUUUGCUACGUAUACUAUUGCAACUUUUGUUCUUACGUUUUACAACACAAUUCCAACUAUCAUUCUGCUUUUUACCAUUUGAGAGUGUCUUUGUUCUACUCGAGUACAUGUUUCGCGUAUUGUCACGAAGAGCCGUUGUUUGUUGAUCGCAUGUCAUUGAUUCAUUGCCAUUUCUUCGCGUUGUUGCUUUUGAACCGCUUCCAAUUCACCCACUGGACUUUUGCGCGACACUUCUCCUCGGAAGGAGGGCUGGCGCGCUUUAAGCCGACACAAAAAAAAAAAAAGGGGGGGACAAAAAAUGCUGAAGAAAAACGGACGCUCGUAUGCACCAUGUUUGAGCUGCAAGACUUCAAAUAAAUGACGCAACAUCUGGGAUGUGGUAACAUCUUCGCGGACCAAAACAUUUUGAUGAUGAAAAGAAAAGAGAACCUUGCAGACGGUCUUAGGACGCUUAGAGCAUUUAUUUAAUCCAAACAAAACCGAGACUGGACGCCUAGAUUGCUUUUUAUAAAAGAGAAAUAAACCCAAGACAUCGCA